UGGGCACUGGUGGGUGGCACUGGUGGGCACAGGUGGGUGGCACUGCCGGGAACAGGUGGGUGCACUGAUGGACACAGGAGGGUGCACUGCUGGGCACAGGUUGGCGCACUGCUGGGCACAGGUGGGCUCACUGCUGGGCACAGGUGGGCGCACUGCUAGGCACAGUUGGGCGGAACUGGUGGGUGGCACUGCUGGGCACUGAUCACCAGGGCACUGAUCAUCAGUGCCCUGAUGAUCGGUGCCGAUCCCUGCUCUGACAAUUGCCGGUUCUCGGCAGUACUUUCCUCACGCUCUGACAGCGUGAGGAAAGUGCAGCCGAGAACCGGCAAUUGCAU